GUGAUGUGGUCGGACUGCAAAGCACUACAGAAUUCUGGUAAGAGUUAUGGAGGCAUUCAUUACGCAUUUGAUGUCCGUGUAACCUUUGAGCAUCUUGACAAUAUCUAAAUGUUAGAAAGGUCACUCAUAAAACUUGGAAAUAACUUUGCUGUGCGUGAAAAACAUACAAAAGUAAUGCAGACAUGUCAAUGCUUUUUACAAGACUAUAUUAGCAGCAAUCUCCCACUCAAAAUAAUAAAAAGAAAAAUAAUGAGUAUAAACAAACAUUUUUUUCAUUAGUCUUCAGAGGCAUAUUAAAGAAAUGAUGCUGAUUGUACGUGUAUGUAUCACAUGACCUGUCACUGGGAGGUGCUGGGGUCCUAAGUUUUUUUUUCAGGAAAUGAAACUGAAAACAACAAACACGGAGCAGAAAGAAUGGCGACUGCGAAAAUCACUGAUGAUGAUUUUUUGUGUCCUAUUUGUUUGGACUUCUUUAAAGAACCUGUAAUACUGGAAUGUGAACAUAACUUCUGCAAAUCCUGUAUAGAUACAGCUUGGGACUUUGAGGACAUUAUCUUGUGUCCGGUGUGCAGACACGAACUUCCUGUCAAGAAGUACACAGUUAACAGGCUAUUGAGUAAGAUUGUUGAAACAGCUGAAAUGACCCAGCAAUGUGAGGAAGCAGGAAAACCACGCCAGGAGCAGAAAAAAGAAUGCUUACUUCAAUCACACGAAUGCUUGGAGCAUAAAGAGCCACUGAAAGUGUUUUGCCAAGAAGAUGGAAGCCCCAUAUGUUUAGUCUGUACGAUGUCAUCUAAGCAUGCAGGGCACACAUUCCAACCCCUGGAGGAAUCAGUCAGCAUGUUUCAGGAAAAACUGAAAAUUGCUGAAGCUAUUCUAAAGCACAGAAUGAACAACCUAAAUGAAUACCAAAGGAAGCAAGAACGGCUCAUCUCUGGUAUUCAGAAAAAAGCCCAGAGUUUUGAGCAGCACAUUAAAUCAGAGUUUGCCACACUGCACCAGUUUCUGCAGAACAAGGAACAGCAGCUGAUUCAACAGCUUAAGGAUGAAACAACAACAAUUACUGGAGAAAUGAAGGAAAACCUGCAGAAAAUUGAAAAGAAGAAUGAAACCAUUCAGAGGCAGAUAUCAGCCAUUCAGUCAAAACUGCAGCAGGAGGACCCACUUCUUUUUCUCACAGGGAUCAAGGAUGAAAUAGAAAGGACUAUGAAAGAAUAUGAAAAAGAAGUCAGACAUCGUAUUUAUGUUGGAGUGGUUUCAAAGAACCUGAGUCCUGGGGUAUACAAAGGUCCCCUACAGUACAGUGUUUGGAAAGAAAUGCUGUCUGUUGUCAACCCUGGCUUGUCUCCUCUGACCUUGGACCCUAACACAGCAUAUCCGAAUCUCGUUAUCUGUAAGGACCUGACCAGUGUAAAGUACAGUGACAUUAGACAAAAGUCCCGCAAUGACCAUAAGGAUUUUUUUUUCUAUUUUUGCCUGGGGUCAGAGGGAUUCACAUCAGGAAAACACUAUUGGGAGUUGGAGGUGGAAGUGAAUGAGCAGAGUUGCUUUGUGUGGACAGUAGGUGUCACCAAAACGUCUAGCCAGAGGAAGGUGCUAUCCAAAAGAAAUCCAGAAGAUGGUUACUGGGUGCUAACACUGAGUAAUAUAAGUAAUUGUAUCAUUAUGGAAUUAACACCAAACUUUCUCAUGUAUGACGAGAAACGUCAGAAGGUUGGAGUGUACCUGGACUACGAGGAGGGGCAGGUGUCAUUUUAUAAUGCUGAUAAUAUGUCACACCUCUACACUUUCACUGAUACCUUCACUGAGAGACUGUACCCUUUCUUCCAGUAUCAUCCUUUUGGUAUUAAACCUGAUACAGCACCCCUAAAGCUGUCUCAUCUGAAACUGUAAUGUGGACUGCCACACACCAAGGGCUGUCAGUAUGGAAAUUGCUGAUAUACUUAAAUUCCUAUAAAAUAUGUUCUCAGACACUUUGUACAAAGUAAUAAAUAUAUAUUUUUACAGAAGGGAUAAAAUGAUGCUGUGUACAUAAUAAAAGUAUACCCAACAAUAUGA